AUGGCCAUAGACAUGAACGAACACCAAACUACUCUUUCAGCAUUCACUCUUAAACCAAUAUACGUUGACGAGACUGGAAGUCUCUGUACAAUAGAACGCACUGAAGACACCAAAAAAGUGAAUAUGUUGAAAUCAAAAAGGAAGUCUGCAAACAAAGACUCUGCACAACAGUCUUUUCUUAUUGCAAUUUUGAUUCGAAAUGGGUUCUAUAUAAAAAUCAAACGACUCUAUAAACGGGGUAAGACAACUGCACAAAUAUUUGUAAUUGAAAGAAUAGCAAAAGAGGGAAAGACUUAUUUUGACUCUUCAAAAAACAGAGACCCAACAGUCGAUCAAAAAACAAGAAGAAGAAACGCAGAUGCUUUAACUAACAAAGCACUUAUGGAUAUAGCAGUCUAUUAUUGUAAAACUUAUCUCGAAGAGAAAAAGGGGAAAAGUGCUCGGAAAUCUGUUAAAAUGGUGAGGUUCUCUUCCGCUCAAGUCGACGGAAAAGACUACAACUUGGAUCAAAUUGAAUAUAUUGGAAUGAUCACCAAUCAACUCAUUUUGGACAUCAUGAGUAGGACUUCUUCCGGAAUUGAACUCGACGCGUACGACUCAAGGUUUGGUUCGGUAUUCUCGUUAUUGUAA